AUGGCUUCCAAACCAGGUAUCCUUACUGACUGGCCUUGGAAGUCUCUUGGAAGCUUCAAGUAUGUGAUAUUGGCUCCAUGGGUGGUUCAUAGCAUAUACUCAUUAAUAAUCAAAGAUGGGAAGGAGAGAGACCCUGUUUACGUUCUAUUUUUCCCAUUUCUUUUAUGGAGGAUACUUCACAACCAGAUUUGGAUUUCUCUAUCUCGAUACCGAACAGCUAAAGGCAACAAUAGGAUCGUUGAUAAGAGUAUCGAAUUCGAGCAAGUUGACAGGGAAAGCAACUGGGAUGACCAAAUAUUGUUGAAUGGGAUCCUAUUCUACGUGGGUUACAUGAUACUUCCUGGGGCUGCUCACAUGCCCUUAUGGAGAACAGAUGGUGUACUUCUUACAAUUCUUCUUCAUAUGGGGCCUGUUGAGUUCCUAUACUACUGGUUACACAGAGCAUUGCACCAUCAUUAUCUUUACUCACGCUAUCAUUCUCAUCACCAUUCCUCGAUUGUCACAGGGCCCAUCACCUCUGUCAUCCAUCCUUUUGCUGAACACCUAGCAUAUUUUCUACUGUUUUCAAUACCACUGUUAGCAGGAAUUUUCAUGAGAAAGAGCUCCAUUGCAGCCCUCUUUGGUUAUAUUUCUUAUAUUGAUUUCAUGAACAACAUGGGACACUGCAAUUUCGAGCUGAUCCCUAAGAUGCUAUUCUCCAUUUUUCCACCUCUUAAGUACCUCAUGUAUACCCCCUCGUAUCACUCUCUACAUCACACUCAAUUCAGGACCAAUUACUCACUUUUCAUGCCCAUCUAUGAUUACAUAUAUGGUACGAUGGAUAAAUCUUCAGAUGCGUUAUAUGAAAAAUCACUUAUAAGACCUGAAGAAUUGGCCCAUGUGGUUCAUUUGACACAUCUAGUAACGCCACAGUCCAUCUAUCAUCUGAGGCUAGGAUUCGCCUCCUUAGCCUCCGAACCUUACACAUCCAAAUCGUACGUAUGGGCAGUGUGGCCAGUGACAUGUUGUUCUACAAUGUUAACAUGGACCUACGUUCGUACGUUUAUUCUAGAGAGGAAUCAAUUCAACAAAGUCAAUGUCCAAACGUGGGUCGUACCAAAAUUCAAGAUACAAUUUGAUUGAAGAAGCCAUACUCAGAGCAGACGAAAGAGGCAUUAAAGUUUUGAAUUUAGGUCUCUUGAACCAGGCA